GGUGCUUCGAGAGCUUUCAAGAAUGACCGCGGGGCUGCGAGAAAACAGUGAACACACUCGGCAAGACCCACAGCCAGCCAGUUCGAAAGUCUCCACGAAACCCACACAGAAACAGUAUAUUUAAAUACGAACGAUACGAUAAACGACACUCAUCACGACAUACCAACCUACCUUUUACCCAUACAUACCUAAUCGCACACGAAUAAUUCACAUCAACCAUCAUGUCCGGCAGCAUGCAACUCACCGACAAGGCUCAGAAGGCGAUUUCUGAUGCUCUGGAUGUCGCCACCAAUUACGCCCAUCCUCAACUACUCCCCAUCCAUCUAGCACACUCCCUCCUCACCGGACCGCAAACGGAGGAAGCGACAGCGGGAGCACCAGCUGCAUCAGGCCCACCACUAUUCCGACAAGUCGUCGAGAAGGCGAACGGCGACGUCCAGACCCUCGACCGCGCCUUCAAGAAAGCCCUCGUCCGACUACCCUCGCAAGACCCCCCACCCGACAACGUCUCGUUCGCUCCGAGUCUGAGUAAAGUCCUGCGCGAAGCCCAGAAGCUACAGAAGACACAGCGCGACUCGUUCGUGGCGCAGGACCAUCUCAUCAGCGCUCUCGCUCAGGACUCGGGCAUCCAGAAGCUCCUCGCCGAGGCCGGAAUCCCGAAGGUUUCGGUUCUCGAUAGCGCCGUUCAGAGUUUGCGGGGAACGAAGCGGAUCGAGAGUGCAAACGAAGAGGCCGUCGAGAGCGAGGCUUUGGGCAAGUACUGUAUCGACCUGACGGAAAAGGCUCGCUCCGGCGCUCUCGACCCCGUCAUCGGCAGAGAUCAGGAAGUCUUAAGAGUCAUUCGGAUUCUGUCUCGGAGAACCAAGAACAACCCCGUCCUGAUUGGUGAGCCCGGUGUCGGCAAGACCGCCGUCGUUGAGUGCCUUGCUCAGCGAAUCGUCAACGCCGAUGUCCCGGCUCAUCUUGCGCAGUGCAAGCUGCUCAGCUUGGACGUUGGCGCUCUGGUGGCCGGCAGUAAGUACCGUGGAGAGUUUGAGGAACGAAUGAAGGCUGUUCUGAAGGAGAUUGAAGACAGCAAGGAAAUGAUUCUUCUCUUUGUGGAUGAGAUGCACCUACUCAUGGGGGCUGGCAGUACCGGCGAAGGAGGAAUGGACUCGGCCAAUAUGCUCAAGCCGGCACUUGCGAGAGGACAGCUCCACUGUAUCGGAGCCACUACGUUGGCCGAGUACCGGAAGUACAUCGAGAAGGAUGCCGCUUUCGAGCGUCGAUUUCAGCAAGUCUUGGUCAAGGAACCGACCGUCCCCGAGACCAUCUCCAUCCUUCGUGGUCUGAAGGAGCGUUACGAGGUCCAUCACGGAGUCACCAUUUCGGAUAGUGCCAUUGUUGCAGCCGCGACCCUCGCAUCUCGCUAUCUUACCGCCCGCAAACUUCCCGAUUCGGCUAUCGAUCUCGUCGACGAAGCGGCCUCGGCUGUCCGUGUCACUCGCGAAUCGGCCCCCGAAGCUGUCGAUACCCUGGAACGCAAGCACCGGCAGCUGUUGAUCGAAAUCCACGCCCUCGAGCGCGAGAAGGACGAUGCUUCCAAGACUCGUCUCGCCGAAGCCAAGAGGGAAGCUGCAAACAUCAUGGAAGAGCUGCAGCCCCUUCGCGAGCGCUACGAGGCUGAGAAGCGCCGGUCCAAUGAUAUCCAGGAGGCGAAGAAGAAAUUGGACCAGCUCACUGCGAAGGCCGAGCAAGCUGAGCGCACUGGCGAUCUCAUGACCGCUUCCGAUCUGAAGUACUACGCCAUGCCGGACCUCAGGAGACACAUCAAAAAGUUGGAAGCCGAGAAGGCGGCUGGUGAUGCUGAAGCCAACAGACGAGCAUUGGCGACCGGCGAGACUGCCAUGCUCACGGACCUUGUCGGCCCCGACCAGAUUAACGAGAUUGUCGCGCGCUGGACCGGGAUCCCAGUCACCAGGCUUCGCACCACCGAGAAGGAGAAGCUUCUCAACAUGGAGAAGUAUCUUACCAAGUCUGUUGUAGGACAGCGCGAAGCCGUUCGUGCCGUCGCCAAUGCCAUCCGUCUAUCUCGCAGUGGCCUCGCGAACCCGAACCAGCCGAUCGCUUCAUUCUUGUUCUGUGGUCCCUCGGGUACCGGUAAGACGCUUCUCACGAAGACUCUUGCCGAAUUCCUGUUCGACGACCCCAAAUCCAUGAUCCGCUUCGAUAUGAGCGAGUACAUGGAGAAGCACUCCGUCUCCCGUCUCAUCGGCGCCCCGCCUGGCUACGUCGGACACGACGCCGGUGGACAGCUCACCGAGGCCCUCCGUCGGCGCCCCUUUUCGAUCCUGCUGUUCGACGAGGUCGAGAAAGCCGCCAAGGAAGUCCUGACCGUCAUGCUCCAACUCAUGGACGAAGGCCGCAUCACCGACUCCACCGGCCGCGUCGUCGACGGCAAGAACACUGUGAUCAUCAUGACCUCCAACCUGGGCUCGCAGUACAUAACCCAGCGCUCCAGCUCCACAGACGGGCGCAUCGAUCCCACCACCAAGGAAAUGGUCAUGAACGCGAUCCGCGGCCACUUCCUGCCGGAGUUCCUGAACCGAGUCUCGAGCGUGGUCAUCUUCAACCGGCUCGCUAAGCGCGAGAUCCGUACGAUAGUUGACCUGCGCCUCAAGGAGAUCCAGCAGCGUCUCACCUCCAACGGCCGCAACAUCCAGCUCGAGGUCGACGACCGCACAAAGGACUUUAUGGGCGAGGCUGGCUACUCCCCGCAGUACGGUGCUAGACCGCUGCAGAGGGUGCUUGAGCGUGAGGUCCUCAACAAGCUUGCUGUCCUGCUGCUGCGCGGAAGCAUCAAGGACGGUGAGAGGGCUCGCGUCACUCUCGACGAGGCCGGACGGGUCAUUGUACUUCCUAAUCACCGUGUAGAGGAACUGGAGGAUGAUGAGAUGGAUUAUGAUGACUACGAUGAAGUCGAUAGUGGAGAAAUGGAAGUUGAGGAGCUUUACGAUUGAAGGGCGAAGAAGAAGCGGAGGUUGAUGUAAGGGCGGGAGGGGG